AUGUGUGAUUUUACUCUAUCAGUACCUGGAUUCUCCACCACAACUAAGUAUAUCAUGUGUGAUUUUACUCUAUCAGUACCUGGAUUCUCCACCACAACCAAGUGUAUCAUGUGUGAUUUUACUCUAUCAGUACCUGGAUUCUCCACCACAACCAAGUAUAUCAUGUGUGAUUUUACUCUAUCAGUACCUGGAUUCUCCACCACAACUAAGUAUAUCAUGUGUGAUUUUACUCUAUCAGUACCUGGAUUCUCCACCACAACUAAGUAUAUCAUGUGUGGUUUUACUCUAUCAGUACCUGGAUUCUCCACCACAACUAAGUAUAUCAUGUGUGAUUUUACUCUAUCAGUACCUGGAUUCUCCACCACAACUAAGUAUAUCAUGUGUGAUUUUACUCUAUCAGUACCUGGAUUCUCCACCACAACCAAGUGUAUCAUGUGUGAUUUUACUCUAUCAGUACCUGGAUUCUCCACCACAACUAAGUAUAUCAUGUGUGAUUUUACUCUAUCAGUACCUGGAUUCUCUACCACAACUAAGUGUAUCAUGUGUGAUUUUACUCUAUCAGUACCUGGAUUCUCCACCACAACUAAGUAUAUCAUGUGUGAUUUUACUCUAUCAGUACCUGGAUUCUCCACCACAACUAAGUAUAUCAUGUGUGGUUUUACUCUAUCAGUACCUGGAUUCUCCACCACAACUAAACUGCAUUUAUCAGCGCCAUUGGCGUCCAUGUUAGCCAACCAGAAUGUCGUUCCCGGCGGUUAA